AUUCCACGUGCUACUGUGAAAUCUCUCGUCAAUUCGUUUCUCAGUAUCAUCCCCACAUUUCCUUCCCUUACUUCAAUGCCAUUUCUCUUCCUUCUUCCCCUCUCUUCCUCUCCUUCUUCCUCCAUUUCCUCUCCUUCCCUCACGUCUCAUUCCACUCCUUUUCCCCACUCACUAUCAUGAAGAUUGACUCCUUCAAACCCUCUCUCCCUCCUCCCCCACCCCCCGCCGCCGCCAAGGUCGGCGUUGGCCUCGACGACGACAUCUCCGAUGGAAUGCAAUGCACCGACCAUCCUUACCGCACCAAUCCCGGCGGUAUCUGUGCCUUCUGUCUUCAAGAAAAGCUCGGCAAGCUCGUUUCCUCUUCCCUCCCUCUUCCCAUUCGCGGUUCGUCUUCUUCCCCUUCUUCUCCUUCCCUUGGAUCUGACAACAAUAGUAGCAUUAAUAAUAAUGUUAAUGGUAGUGUUCCGUCGAAUGCCGGUUCCAUUUCCAAAACUGUUAAUUUCAAUGUUAAUGGAGUUGUUGAUUGUCAUUUUCAUCAUGAUAAUACUACCAAGCGGGCCCGGAUCCCUUUUUUGUUAGCUAAAAAGAAGAAGAAAGUUGUUAUGGUUGGGGGGGCUGAGUAUAAUCGGACUAACGACGUCGUUUUUAAGAGGAGCAAGUCCACCACCGCGCCGAGGAGAGGGCAGUUCCUUGUUGAUGGUGACGAUGGCGUCGAUUUUAGCCCUAGGAAGCACCGAGGGGGUUUUUGGUCCUUUUUGUAUUACCACGCGCCGUCGUCUUCGAAAUCUCACGCGCCGAGGAAAGUGGAGAGAGUUGCUACUAGCGGCGGUGGUGGGAAUUUGGGGGUGAACGAUACGAUUUUAGAGGAGGAUGAAAGCCCUAAUGGCAAUGCAACGUCGUUUGAGCGGAAGGUUUCGAGAUCUAGAUCCGUCGGCUGCGGUAGUCGGAGCUUUUCCGGCGAUUUUUUCGAGAGAAUCUCUACUGGUUUCGGUGAUUGUACGCUCCGUCGUGUCGAGUCUCAGAGAGAAAGCAAGUCGUCGAAAGUCUCUACGAAUGGAAACUCCAGCAGCCACCGUAAUGGCGCCGGCGUCGACCAUCAUUGUAUUAAAGAAAGAGUAAAAUGCGGUGGUUUGUUCAGUGGAUUCAUGAUGACUUCAUCUUCUUCUUCGUCAUCUUCCUCAUCUUACUUAGUUUCAUCAUCUUCCGCUGACGAACUCACACGUAAACCAACU